ACCCUGCAGCACAGGACGCACCAGCCUGAUCACUUUGGGCUUUCCUUUUGGAUUUUACUUUGCCGUUCGUGCUUUGUUGCUAAAGUGGGAAAGGUUUGACUCGGGCUUGUUGUCCUUUUGCGGGAGUUUCACGUGUCUCCAGUUGGCACCAGACGCAUCUGUCACCGACUGCAACUGGGUGCCUGGAGCUUCAAAAGUCAUGCCGGCCGGGUUUCAGCAACUCGGAGGAGAGACAUUGACUGGAACCUUUGUCCUCUCAGUCUUCACUGCUGUCCUGGGAUCCCUGGAGUUUGGGUACAAUAUCGGCGUCAUCAAUGCACCUCAGAAGAUCAUUGAGCAGGACUAUAACGCUACGUGGGUGCUCCGGUAUGGAACGCCCAUCCCCCCAGGGACCCUCACCUCCCUCUGGUCCCUGUCUGUGGCCAUCUUCUCCAUUGGUGGCAUGCUGUCCUCCUUCUGUGUGGGCUUCGUCUCCGAGUGGCUGGGCAGGAGGAAAGCCAUGCUCAUAAACAACAUGUUGGCCUUUAUUGGGGGAAGUCUGAUGGGGUUGUCAAAGCUCUGCCGCUCCUUCGAAAUGCUGAUCCUUGGGCGCUUUAUCAUUGGUGCCUACUGCGGGUUGGCUUCAGGCUUGACACCUAUGUAUAUUGGUGAGAUAGCUCCAACAAGCCUGCGAGGGGCGCUGGGCACGCUGCACCAGCUGGCUAUAGUUACUGGUAUUCUCAUAGCACAGAUCCUCGGUCUGGAGUCGUUACUGGGUGUUGAGGAUUUGUGGCCAGUUCUAUUGGGUGUAGCCGUCGUGCCGGCCGUACUUCAGAUGGCACUUCUGCCUUUCUGCCCUGAGAGUCCCCGCUUUCUCUACAUCGUCCGCUGCCAGGAGCACCAAGCCAAGAGAGGCCUGAGGAGACUGACGGGCAGGCUGGAGGUUGGUGGCAUGCUGGCGGAGAUGAAGGAGGAGAAGAGGAAGAUGGACAUGGAGAGGAAGGUGUCCAUCCUGGAGCUCUUUCGCUCUCCACUCUACCGUCAGCCCAUCAUCAUCGCCAUCCUGCUGCAGCUAUCUCAGCAGCUGUCUGGGAUCAACGCUAUUUUCUACUACUCCACCAGUAUCUUCAUGAAGGCAGAAGUCCAGAGUCCAGUCUACGCCACCAUAGGAGCAGGCGUGGUGAACUGCGCCUUCACGGUGGUCUCACUCUUCCUGAUAGAGAGGAUGGGUCGACGGACGCUCCACAUGCUGGGACUUGCUGGGAUGUGCAUCUGUGCCAUUGUCAUGACCAUGGCUCUGGCUUUGUUGGAAAGUGUUCCAGCGAUGAGCUACAUCAGCAUGCUGGCCAUCUUUGGCUUCGUGGCCUUCUUCGAGAUUGGUCCGGGUCCCAUCCCGUGGUUCUUCGUAGCUGAGCUUUUCUCUCAGGGUCCAAGGCCGGCUGCCAUGGCUGUGGCCGGCUUCUCCAACUGGACCUCUAACUUUAUCAUUGGCAUGUGCUUCCAAUAUGUCGCUAACCAGUGCGGGCCAUACGUCUUCCUCAUCUUCGCAGCACUCCUCCUCUUCUUCCUUAUCUUCACAUUCUUCCGGGUGCCAGAGACACGGGGCAAAACCUUCGACCAGAUCGCAGCAAACUUCCAUCAGCACUCUGCAGGAGGAAUGAUGGAUAUGGACAUGAACAUGGACAUGGAUUUGGACAAGCCCAGCACCGAGCUGGACUACUUGGGGGAGGAAAGCAUCAACUGAAGACUCUGCCUGGAGAGAGAUGGGACUGAGUACAGCUUGGGACUCUGUAUGUGGGCUUGAAAUGUAUAUUGAGGUCAAUUGUUGUAUUCAUAUAGAUUGUGGUGCCAAAGCAGUGUUAAAGGUGUGACAAUGUGGGUGCUUUGGAAUUGUCCCUUGUUGGUACCACUGCAAUAUGAGGUUACAAAUUUUAGCCUCCACAAAGGCUAAAACCUAUGGGUUACUUACUACUGUAGUUUGAAGGAAUAAGAUGGACAUUAGAGCAAAGUGUGUGGACUGUUCAGGCAUUAACUGCCCAUGAGGUAGGAUUUUAUUCCAUGGUGAUGCACUCUGUGGCAAUACUGACAGACGGAGGU